UGAUGCUACAGUUACAGACACGGCCCCUGCUGGCGCAGCCUCUCUGAUUCUCUCUCCCUCUCCGCGUCCAGCGCUGGGCUUUUUCAGACAAGUGCAUCUCCUAACCAGGUCACAUUUCAGCCGCGACCCACUAUCCGUCUGUCACCGGAGUCAGACCGCAGGAGGGCGGAGGAAGACGACGGCGUUUGCUUCGCCAACCGCGGGGUGGGAAGAAGGACAUUAAAAUCCUGCAGAAGUCAAGACCACCCCCCACCCACCUCCAGGUCGGACCCUGACCAUGAUGCGCGCCCCGGGCUGCGGGCGGCUGGUGCUGCCCCUGCUGCUCUUCGCCGCGGCCGCCCUGGCCGAAGGCGACGCCAAAGGGCUCAAGGAGGGCGAGACCCCCGGCAAUUUCAUGGAGGACGAGCAAUGGCUGUCGUCCAUCUCGCAGUACAGCGGCAAGAUCAAGCACUGGAACCGCUUUCGAGACGAGGUGGAGGAUGACUACAUCAAGAGCUGGGAGGACAAUCAGCAAGGAGACGAAGCAGCCCUGGACACCACCAAGGACCCCUGCCAGAAGGUGAAGUGCAGCCGUCACAAGGUGUGCAUCGCCCAGGGCUACCAGCGGGCCAUGUGCAUCAGCCGCAAGAAGCUGGAGCACAGGAUCAAGCAGCCUGCCCCGAAACUCCCUGGAAACAAAGAGACCAUCUGCAAACCCUGUCACAUGGCCCCGCUCGCCUCAGUCUGUGGCUCCGAUGGCCACACUUACAGCUCGGUGUGCAAGCUGGAGCAGCAGGCCUGCCUGAGCAGCAAGCAGCUGACCGUGAGAUGUGAGGGCCCCUGCCCCUGCCCCACAGAGCAGGCCUCCCCCUCCACCACCGACAGCAAGCCAGAGACCUGCACAGGUCAAGACCUGGCUGACCUGGGGGACCGGCUGCGGGACUGGUUCCAACUCCUUCAUGAGAACGCCAAGCAAAAUGGCUCGGCCGGCGGUGGGGCCAACCUGGCCAGUGGGCUGGACAAGAGCCUGGGGGCCAGCUGCAAGGACUCCAUUGGCUGGAUGUUCUCCAAGCUGGACACCAGUGCUGACCUCUUCCUGGACCAGACCGAGCUGGCUGCCAUCAACCUGGACAAGUAUGAGGUCUGCAUCCGCCCUUUCUUCAAUUCCUGCGACACCUACAAGGACGGCCGUGUCUCCACUGCUGAGUGGUGCUUCUGCUUCUGGAGGGAGAAGCCUCCCUGCCUGGUGGAGUUGGAGCGCAUCCAGAUCCAGGAGGCUUCCAAGAAGAAGCCAGGAAGCUUCAUCCCGAGCUGUGAUGAGGACGGCUACUACCGGAAGAUGCAGUGUGACCAGAGCAGGGGUGACUGCUGGUGCGUGGACCAGCUGGGCCUGGAGCUGACAGGCACCCGCACGCACGGCAGCCCCGACUGCGACGACCUCGUGGGCUUCUCAGGGGACUUUGGGAGUGGUGUCGGCUGGGAGGAUGAGGAGGAGAAGGAGACAGAGGAAGCAGGCGAGGAGGCUGAGGAGGAGGAGGGCGAGGCAGGCGAGGCGGACGACGGAGGCUAUAUCUGGUAGAUGGCCCUCGGGGAGGCGUGGCAGGCCAGGGUGCCGGUGGCCGGGGGGGACGGGCCGGCAGAGACCGGGACAGAAGCAGCCAACUUACGCAUGGGUCCGGAACAUACAGCUGGAAGGACCCUGGCUCCAGCGGGGAGGACUGGGUGUGUGAGUGUGCGGGGCACGCGUGCGGCCUCCAUGGCCAGGACGUGUGAACGUGUGUGCGUGUGGCAUGCGCUGACAAAUGUGUCCUUGGUCCACGCUGCUCCAAAGACCUCCUUGUUGUUUGCUUUCCAUUUAUUGUUGGUUUUAAAGUGCACACAUCCACACACAUACGCCCACCACAAGGUCAAAACUGACGAAAUGAGAUGCCCCCUGCCAUGUCCCCAAGCCCCUUCCAAGCCUGUCCCGACACCCUUGGGUUGCCCUGACUGGGGUUUCUUGUCUUGAUUGCUCCUCCUUGCUUCCAGCCCUGCUUCCUACUGCCUUUGUCUGCCCUCUCCCACCCCCCUUUUUAGGUGUCCCCAUUGCAGAGAGGAGGGAAGGCAGGGAGCUGCCUGCUGGCUGGGGUCCUCCUGGAGCCGGGCCAGUGUGGCUGGGACACCUUCACCAGCCUCUGAUGACAUGGGCUGGGACACCCACUGCAGUGAGCCCUUACCCUGUGCUGGACUCCCCAGCACCAGAGAAACUCUGCUUUCCUAACCCAAGCCCGCGUGAGCAAGGGUGGCAGAAGCUGAGAGGCUGGGGGAGGGGAAGGCCUGGCCGCCAAGCUGCUGGGGUGGAGCAGAGGGAGGAGGAAGAAGAGUGCAGAUCUGGCAGGAGCUCUUGGGAGUGGAGGCUGCGUAGCCCUAGAGUGCCAGACCCUUGAACAGCCUGUCCCCUUCCUGUGGGCCUCAGGUGGGGGCCUGGUCUGAGCUGGUCCCUUGGAGGCAGUGGGCGGUGGUUAUGCAGGUGGGUUCUGCCUGGCCUUGUGGGGCUCCUGCACUGCGCUUGUCCCCCUGGCCCUCCUGGGAGCCUGAGGAUGAGGCAGCAGGUGAAGACACUGGGUCUUAGCCAGGUGUGUGGAUGGGUGGGGGUGGGGGGGGGGGGGGGGUGGGCAUCCACCUCCUCUCCCAUCCGGACCAAUGGGAAGCUUGUCCCUGAGAUGUGGGGAGGGAGAAGCAGUGAAAAACUCCACCUCCCGUGAUCUUUCUCCAUCUCUCUUCCAGAGGGCGACACCAGGCCCAUUUCCAUCCCCCUCCCCUGCCAGCGCCAGGACCUUCCCUCUGACCCCUCCGAGGGUCCCCUGAGGCUGCUCUAGUGGAGGGGCUUCUCCAGGCUCGAAGUGUUCAGGAGUUGUGAAGUCAGAGGAGACAGGACUGGGGCCACACCUCCCUGUUCCCCCAAAUCUCCUUACCAGCUGGGAGCCAGGAUGGAUGAGACCGGGCCACAUGUUUUGGGUUUCUUUUUGUUUUCUUUCCUAAUCUGUCCCCUUCUCCCUGUUGAAGCAAAUUCCUUAACACUUUGGGUGAAGAAUUUCUAACCUGGACCUGGGCCUCUGCUGCCCUUCUGUGUGUGGUGAGUGCAGUGUGUGUGUGUGUGUGUGUGUGUGUGUGUGUGUGUGUGUGUGCGCGCGGCAGUAUGUGUGUGAAUGUGUGUGAGAGCCUGGGGGCCACCCCCCCCGCCCCGGGGGCCUGGGGUGUGAGGAGUGUGGCUGUGUGGGGGCCCCCGGGGCGAGGCUCCCUGGACAAGGCUCCAGCCUGUCCCUCCCCGGCUUCUGCAGCAUCCGCUAAGUCUGUUGGACCUUAUGGAAGAACCUCACCCUGUCUGCCCCUUUGACUGCACCCCGGAGUCAACAUCUUCCCAGUCCUGUCCUGGGGAAAACAGCGAAACCGCAGCUAGCCCCAUGAGCCACUUCUCAUCCCGCAGCACAGGUUAGGGUGUCGCUUUUCAUCCCGCAGCACAGGUUAGGGUGUCACGCUGUCCCAGACCCCCCACUCAUGUCUCUCCCCCCCCCCGCCCACGGCCCUCCCUGCCCUCCCACCUCCUCCCUCUGGCCCUGGCUCAGUUCAGGGAACCGCCCUCUGCUCCCUGAACAGCCGCCCCUCUGAGCUACUUGAAGCUUCCCGCUCUCGCUAGGAUUGGAGUCUGUCUGUCUCUUCCCUCUGCCCCAGCUGAGGCUUCUAGAACUGUCACUGGGAGCGGCUGUUGAGGAGGCUGGGGCGUUCCGGGGUGGGGAGGGGGCAGGGAGGAAGGGGCACCCCUCUCUCACUGUUGCCCUCCCCUCCUGGGGGCACAAGCUCUCUCUGUGUCUCUGGGUCUUCUGGUUGUGCACGUUUCUUAUGACCUUGUAAAUAUGUUGUAGAAAGAAAGCAAAAGGCGUUGAAUUAGACCCUGGUGGGACUCAGGGGUCCAGCCUUGCCCUGUCUCUGAAGCCCCCACCCUGCUUUUCACCCCACUCUCUGAGACUGAGCCCCCCCGCCCCCAGAGCUAGGACAAAGCAUCUUGUUCCCAGGGGGCUGACAGCCUCUAAGUGACUUCUUGUCAGACAAGCUGCAGGCUUUCUCGUGAGCAGGGUUGCAGGCUGGGCCUUCCUUGGCUCAUCGGAUUCAUGCCCUUGACCAAGCUGCCUGCCACCCAGCUCCUGCCAUGUCCCUCUACAUGGAUAUCCUCUCUCCCCUGGUUUAGGCAGGCAGUGGAAUUAGGGCUCCGUUGAAAAGAGCUCAACCAAAUUUGAAGAGCAGUUUCUUGCCUGGCUCCGGAGCUGCCCAUGGCCGCCCCAGGCCUCCUCACCCACGGGUGCUGGGAGAGAUGGGUAUGUCUAAGAUGGCGGAGUUGGAGUUGGAGAGAACAAAUGUGCCUUGAGAGACCACUCAGAGGGUUCAGGGUGAUGGGGAAGGAGGCACGGCAUUCGAGCUCAGGAAGGAGGAAGAGGAAGGUGAAGUUGAUGAGGGCAUCAGGGGGCAUCAUGACGGCCCCCUCUUGUCCAACUGGUGCUGUGACUGCAGGUGGUCAGUGGUCACACUUCCUUCCCCACACCGGCCCACCUGGGGUUAGUGGCCACCUGUGCGCCUUUCAUGAGCUCUGUCUGCUUCCAACUUCACCUCUGAGUGGGUGGGACCCACAUGGGAACCCUCCAUUUCACCAAAGCCUCACCGCAGCCCUUGGGGAGGACAAAUGGCUAUUCUGCUGACACCUGGCGCCAUCAUUGUGAGGCUGUGGGCUGGCGGGGGUCAAAGGGAAGAGACACUGGGGGUACAAAAGGAGACUCGAGACAUCCCGAGGAAGUCCCAAGCAGAGCAAACUGCUUUAUAGCCUGAAGCCUACUUAAAUUGUGUGAUGUGCAAUAACUGAGCUUAGAGUUAAGAAUUGUGUUCAAGUGCUUGGAUUUCCGUCUGUAUAUUUCAGUGCUGAAAUCGUAUCUUUCAGUAAUUUUAGAUGUCUUAAAAAAAUCGAAAAACAAAGUGUUAGACCGUGUAUGUGCAUUGAUGGGCACUCAAGCGUCCCGUGAGUCACCCCACCCUCUCCCUUUCCCUUGUGCCCCCAGCCCCUCAGCCCUAGCCCCCCCUCCACUUGGGGACCCUGCCUCGUGUUGUCUUUAUCUGCCUAUUACUCAGCCUAAGGAAACAAGUACACUCCACACAUGCAUAAAGGAAGUCAAAUGUUAUUUUUAAGAAAACAGAAAAUAAAAACUUUAUAAACACCA